AUGGAACCGCAUGGGUUAUAUAACACUAAUGAUAAUGAGGUAAUACGUCGAGAGGAGAAACAUGUAUCAUCAUCUACGCCACCAAUACACGGAAAACUCGUCGAGAUCCUUGGGAGAAAAGCUCAAAAAAUCGAUUGGCAUGAUUAUGCGGCCAUAGCUCGUGAUAAUGCUCGAACAGGUCUGGGUGAGGGUGGUGCAGGUGUUGAACCGAGUACGCAAGAACGAAAUAGUGGUGCAUUUCAACAACUCUAUCGAGAAAAUGGCUUUCACGCUUUUAUAUCUGAAAAUAUCUCCGUCCAUCGAUCAAUAAAAGAUAUCCGACAUCCUGACUGUAAAAAGAAACUCUAUUUAGCCGAACUGCCCUCCGUUAGCAUUAUCAUUCCUGUUCGGAAUGAACAUCUGACUACAUUACUACGAUCGAUUUAUAGCAUAUUAAAUCGAACACCACCAAAACUUCUGACGGAAAUCAUUCUUGUUGAUGAUGCCAGUGUGAAAGCUAAUUUAAAAUCGCCGCUCGAUAAUCAUAUCGCUAAUCUAACCAAAGUUCGCAUUAUUCGCCUUCAGAAACGUGAAGGACUCAUCCUUAAUAUUAAUUGGCUUCCGCCAUUGAUUGAACCGAUUGCUUUGGAUUAUAAAACAAGCGUUUGUCCGCUGAUUGAUGUGAUUAAAUGGGAAACCUUUGCCUACGUUACACAGGAUGAAGGUGCUCGAGGUGCAUUCGAUUGGCAGAUGUAUUACAAACGGUUACCGUUGUUACCCGGUACUGCUGAAAAGCCAACUGAACCAUUUGAUGACCCAGUGAUGGCCGGCGGUCUUUUUGCAAUUAGUAAAAUAUGGUUUUGGGAAUUGGGUGGUUAUGAUGAGGGUUUGGAUGUUUGGGGUGGUGAACAGUAUGAAAUGUCAUUUAAAAUCUGGCAAUGCGGAGGACGUCUUGUCGAUGCGCCUUGUUCAAGAGUGGGACAUAUCUAUCGACAAUUUAAUCCACAUGGUGGUCUCGAUUUUGGAGAUUACCUAUCACGAAACCAUAAAAGAGUAGCUGUCGUUUGGAUGGACGAAUAUGCUGAAUAUAUAUAUAAACGAAAUAGUCGAAUACGCCAUGUAGACCCGGGCGAUAUUAAAAAACAAGUGGCAUUAAGAGAAAAGCUACAGUGUAAAUCUUUUAAAUGGUUUAUGGAAAAUGUUGCAUUCGAUCUUCCUCAAUAUUAUCCACCUGUUCCACUUCCAGCAUACGCUGAAGGAGAAAUUCGUAGUACGGCUGCAGAUCUGUGUAUAGACACAAAACACGCUGGAGAACGUGGAACAUUCGGUCUCGAUGAUUGUGUAAAAGAUCAGCAAGGAAGAAGUGGUGAACAGAACUUUGAAUUGAGUUGGCGACAAGAUAUUCGACCCAAAGGUCGUGAAGUUUGCUUUGACGUCCCCAGUCGGGGCAAACGUACACCAGUGGUACUCUUUAAUUGUCAUGGUAUGCGUGGUAAUCAACAUUUCGUUUACAAUCCUAACAACUUCCAUAUUCUACACGUUGCUACCAGUUUCUGUUUGGAUUGCGAUGUGAGCAGCAAGAUGAUCUUUAUGGACGAAUGUGAAGUAGAGAAGAAAACACAACAAUGGAAGUUUUCUUCUUACAAUGAUACAUUAAUUCUUAAAGAUCUGCAAAAGUUUUUCUAG